AUGGCUGCACAAGAAGGACGAGCUCCGUACCCGCCAUUCACGCUGGAGACGGCUCAAGUUAAAGUCAAAGCCGCUCAAGAUGCCUGGAACACCAGAAACCCAGAUGGUGUUAAAAUGGCAUACACUCCAGACUCAAUCUGGCGCAAUCGCGGCACAUUUCUACAAGGCCGCGAUGAGAUCAAAACGUUCUUAACCGAUAAAUGGAGCAAGGAAGACGGCUACCGACUUCGCAAGGAGCUUUUUGCCUUUACAGACAACAAGAUUGCCGUGCAGUUCUGGUACGAGUGGCAUGAUGAGGCAGGCCAGUGGUGGCGCACGUAUGGGCUUGAGGACUGGACUUUUGCCGAGAAUGGGCUGAUGAGGAAACGUCAGAUGAGUGGAAAUGACGUGAAGAUUAGCGAUGCGGAGAGAUGGUUCAAGGAUGGCGUUGAUGUGAAUACCGUUGACAUUUCCGAGAAGCACUGGUGA